AUGAGAGGGUUGAAGGGUCAAUCGACAUCAAAUGCUGGAGGCAAACGUAGUCUUGGAGUUCAUACGAAUGAUACAAUGUUGGGGCAGUCAUCUUCAAUAUCAGAAACAGAAAUCGAGGAAGUCGUUUGUGAUGUUGAUCCAUCAAAUGGUGAACUGGGAGAUCAAAGUCUAAUGUCUGCUGCUGCUAACGCAAAUGUCUUAAGAGGCGUUUCCGCUCAAAGAAAUGGAAAUUUCAUCCGAAACGGACGCCGGUUAUUACCACAUGAAGAUCUUUUCGAGAAAAGGUCGGAAAAUACUUCCAAGCGUAAGAAUGUUCCCUUUUGUAUUCACUUCCUUCCUAACAAUAAUAUUAUUAUAUUUCUUUGCUCAUCUGUUUAUGACGUUUCUGCCACUGGAAAUAACACAUGA